AUGAGUUUUGAAUUUCCAGAUGAAGAUGUUAUGUUUGUGACUGAUUGUGAAGAGCCUGGUCCGGGUGAAGGACCUGAACCUGAAUCCCGAUGGACUAUGGUUUUCGAUGGAGCUUCAAACGCACUGGGUAACGGUAUAGGCGCAGUGAUUAUCUCUCCUAAAGGUGAACACACUCCAUUCACCGCAAGGUUAUGUUUCGAUUGUACCAACAAUAUGGCUGAGUAUGAAGCGUGUAUCUUAGGACUCCGAGCUGCUAUCGACCUAAGGAUCAAAUUUCUAGAAGUAUAUGGGGACUCCGCCUUAGUCAUCAGUCAAGUCAAAGAAGAAUGGGACACGAAGCAUCCUAAUCUCAUGCCCUAUAAAGAAUUGGUGUUGUCUUUAAUUACAUAUUUCGAAGAGAUUACUUUCGAACAUAUUCCCCGAGAAGAGAACCAGUUAGCCGAUGCAUUGGCUACUAUGUCAUCCAUGUUCAAGGUCAGAUGGGAUAAUGAGGCUCCCGCAGUUACUAUAAGAAGACAUGACGAACCUGCACACUAUUACGAGAUAGUUACUGAUGAGGUCGAAGAAAAGCCGUGGUUUCACGAAGUGUGA